UUUAAGUAUUUCGUUUUUGAAAUGACCGUGACAGGCUUUAAAUUUGCAUUGUAAGGAGGAGGAGAUGAUGCCAGAUGUGUGGAAAGUACCUUGUUGCAAAAGUGUUUACGCUCUUUCAGUUAUAUCCCUUUUUGUUGAAUAAGAAAUGAUAUACACACAUGUUGUUUCUGAAGUGCGUAUUUUUAAUUAACUUGAAUGCUCAGCCCGAACAAAAACUAAAAUAUGUCGUAAAAUAAUUUACCCUCUUUGUUAUGGCAACCGAAAAUAGCUCAGGCACACAAAAUUACUUUGUCAAGUCACACAAUUAGCUGGAUAACCUCUGUGUGCAAUAAUAUUGGUUCACAAGAUUUCAGAAUAAAUACACCUGUCCCUCUACGGUCCCUUAGUGAAAUGAAUUCAAGCAAAGAUUAAACCCAAAAACCAAGAAGUUACAUUCAAUUGUAGGAAGUUUCAAUACAAACAAUAACUAACGAACAAAAUCUAAGGUCUAAAGACAAGAAAUGCGCUCAACAACAGGACUCGAUUUCUAUUGAAAUAUAAAAACCGCUCCGAAGAAGCCUUCAUAAAAACUGUAAAUCACAAGAUUGCAAUAAUUAUUUGAGAAAAAAAAGCCUACAAAAAUAUUAAAAUAAAUGUGCAUGCCAAUUAAUAGAGGUCCCACGGUUAGUUCCCGUCUGGGCGUCUGGGUACAUUUGUCACUGACACACACUCAAGCUUUUGGUCACAAAAUAACUGGAAAUGUGAACAGUAGAUUGUUCUAUGUAGCCAAUAUUCCACCUUUUUUUCUUACACAGCUGGGAUGUCACUCGAAGUUGCAAAACCUUGCUAUGCCAGUCUUGAAAGCGUAACUGAUCAUGUAUUAAGCAUCCCCAACCGCACAAAUCCGAGUUUCUUCUGAACAAAGAGUAGCAGCCUGAGAUACACGAGCUGGUGUAUUUAAGUCUAUAACCCCAAAAUGUGGCUUAGAAUUCAAGUUCAAUCUAAAUGCCCCCCUACACAGAAUAAAAGUGGCUAACUUAAAUUUACAAUUAGCGUUUUGUAAAUAGAACGGACACAAAUGCAUAUACAGGCUUAGGAAACGGAGCAAAUAACAAUGAAAGAUGCAGAGAUGAGAAUUCAUUACCCUCCUUGGAAACACAAUAUAAAACCGUCUUUACAACUGACGCUGGUUAGGGAGACGUACUUCCGUCCAUUACAUGUUACGUGAUCGACUACAGGUGCUGAGGGAUAGCGGUCUUCUUGGCACCCGUCACCAUCUUCACAAAUAAUUGGCAAUUUUUAUAGGACGCCAAAAUCUGAAAUUCCUCGGAAGAUGGUAGCAAAACAGAGGAUCCGAAUGGCCAAUGAGAAACACAGCAAAAAUAUCACUCAGAGGGGAAACGUUGCAAAGACCCUGCGACCGCAAGAAGAAAAAUAUCCAGUGGGACCCUGGCUCCUGGCUCUGUUUGUAUUUGUUGUAUGUGGUUCAGCAAUCUUUCAGAUCAUACAGAGCAUAAGAAUGGGAAUGUAGAUCCCUGGCCUCUGCUGACCCUUCCCACCUCACGCCAAGCCUGGUGUCGUCUGAGGGGACACCGGAUGUGCUCACUGGCUUUCGUCUGCCCAUGAAGCACCGAAGAGAAGACCACGUGAACCCCUUUUUGUCCCCAACAUCUACGUUAGUCUGUCAAAAACAUCCUCAACAAAGGGGACGCAGGGCUUUUAUACUGACUCUGUGGUUUAACCAUAUUGGUUGGCUUUGGUACCCAUCUUUUUUUCCAUUCCAUUCACCCUUAUUGUUGUAUUUAGUGUAGAGACGUGAUCGCUGAAUAUGUGUACCAUACUUUAAUUAUGUAUGUUUAGCUCCUACACACUACUAAUUACCUUUUACAAAUAAAUGUUCAACAAACUGCGCCUUUUCUACCGUGAUGUCCGAUAUUGUCCUUCAUAAUCCUUAUCUCUUCAACUCUUGCCCCAUUAAUGUACUAUACGGUACACUUCCUACUAUUUUUUAAAUCUACAGCUUAAAACACGUCCAUUUAAAUGAAAUGGAGAUAUCAAUAACUUCUUGUUUUCAUGAGAAAGAAAAGAAAAUGACAGUAAAUUCUCCCCCUGGGAAUGUUCUUCGUUCAUCUCCACUGCAACAAUUUAAAGCUGUACUUCUGAUGUGAUCUUUCGCAUUUAUUAGAGAUGCAGAAUGCCCAAACUGCUGGAAAAACAAACAUGACUGUAAUUAACUGCAGAUGAAAUUCAUAGCAGAAGGAGUGAUUGUAUUUUACAGAAUCAUCUGUAUAAGCAGCCAUAGCAUUUUUAAAAUAACUUGAUAAAUCUGUCCUGUUUGGCAGCUCAAUAUGACAUCUUAUAAAUUGUUCACAGUUUUGUGUUGAAAGGACCAAUUGACAAUGUACCCCUUUGAUAAAGCUUUGUUGGUUUCUUUGUAGCUGUCAUAUUUCUGAUGUUGCUUGGUAGCAUACAGCAAAACUCACUUUAUUCAAGUCAUAAUGAUAGUCCUUUUAGUGUAUUAAUGCAAUUCAGGAGCUUCCUGAAUAUACCAAAUGCUGUUUCGCGUAGAAAUUGUAAUUAAGCACUGUUUCCCUAUUUCACUUUGCGACGGAUGAGAUUUUAAAAUCAAGGAGAAAGCAAAUUUUAACUCCACAACUGCACCACACAGAUUAGUCCUUAAACCAGCGAUAAAUAAUUGAAUUCAUGAUAUAAAAAAUGUACUUUUCACUUCAAUACUCUGCCAGCUCUAAGAGCCCAAUGCAUUGAUUAGAAAGCUUUAAAAAAAUAGCUUCUGAAUAACUCGGGUUCGCAAAUUACAUGUCAUGAUCAACCUCUUGUGGGUAACUGGGUCAAUGACUUGUGGGUCAUUGGUCCUUUAAUAAGUAGUUUUAUAAGUAGUUUUUUUGUUGGAUCAAUAUGCUCUUACAAAUCAGAUAAGCAAGAUGAGCAAAACUAUGAAAAUCAAUAACAUAUUACAAAUAGUCUUAUCUGAGGUCACUUUACUUGCACAUCACUUGACAGCAGCUUGCUGUCUUUUUGUCAUCCGUGCUCAAGAUGCUAUUCAUUAUUGCUGCCUAGGAUUCUUCAGUGCUCCAGUACUGACACGUCAUUAGAGCAAAGCUCAUUCUCCUCAACUCUGGAAAAAGUAUGAGGAAUCAGUGCUACACGUAGUUUUCCCGCAAAUUGAACAUUACGCACAUUUUCAUGGUCAUUAAAACUUUUUGGCGAUCAUUAUUGAUCUCAGAAAAUGGCAAUAAAACACUGUAAAUGACACCUUUUCAUUUGCUGGGUUUUGCCUUUGCAGCAGGAUACUCAUGGUAAUCAAUCAAUUCCUUAAUGUACAUAAGCCUGUACUCCAUAUAUUUUGAAAUUAUACUGCUAAAAUCCCUGAAGUCUCACAAGCCCAGUUAUUCAAAAUAGUAUUUAAUGUCUAUAGCGUUGAUACGUUUUAAUAAAAUAGUAAAUUAUGUAUGAGAGGGAAGUCAGUGUGCAUUGCAUACAAAGAAUGUAAAAGUCAGUGCGUCUGUGUUGAGCCUUCUUCUGGUGUAUUUUAAUAACAUUUAAACAAUAAAACAAAUUUAACAUUUUUACUUUCCACUUUUCAGGAUGGAAUUAACCUCUACUUGCAUAAAUAUAAUGACACAUCGUCAUAGUACAAGGAUGAUUUUGUUUGAAAAAAAGCUGAACACGUAAUUUAAUGGUAAAAUUACACCGCUUUAUAAACUGUUAAACAUGUUCAAUAUUCACUGUGAAAUUAUGGUAAAGGACCACUCAGCCUAAAUUGUCUAGAGAUAAAAAAAAAACAAGAAAAUGUUUCACUUCCUGCAGUAAAGAAGGUCAAUUGUCCAACAGUGGGUCGCUUUAGAUGGAGGAUUUCAAAGCCACGUUAGUGCUGGCACUAGAGACUGAGUCAUAAAUCACAUCUUAUUCUCAAAUGUUUAGAUUCAAGACAUCACAGAAACCUUGAUAACAGUGCUCCUGCAAUAGGAGUCAUGGACAGUGACAGAAGAAUAGCUUUGCUAUUUUAGCAACCAGCCAAAACCAGUGUGAUCAAGAACUCGGCUUCACUAGAGGGAGCAGAUUUCAAAGCUGAUUUUCUCUCAGGCACCUAAACGGUGAGAUUCAGAAGUUUAGUUUCAUUGCGCAUAGGUCAGAAACAAACCAUCAGAGCAGUUAGUAUAAAGAAGACAUUGGGAAGUCUUAAUUCAUCUUUUAGUAUUUACUGUAGAAUGCAAUGCAAAGUCAAUGCACUGUUUAAAAAACAAACUGAUCAAUUCUACCGUUCCAUGAGGGAAAAGAGCAGAGGGCAUUUAACCCAUUGAUGCUAGUAAAGGAACCCAGUGCAACCCUGGGGAGUCCUGCUUUGGUUAAUUUAAUUCAAUAUUCACUGCAUUCAGCACAAAAGGUGUGAAUACAUUACAGUCAAAUCAAAUUCAAGUUCUUUGCUUAAAAAGAAAAUAGAUGCUGGGAAGCAUUAAAAACAACAAUAUUGGUUCAGAGGUAUAAUUUGUUGUUUUUAUUGCCUCUGUAUACAAAUACAUUUUGUACCAUUUCUUGGGAUGACAGGCUUAUCCAAAGCAACUACCAUUUGCACCCAAUCACACAGCUUCUUAAUGGAGCAGUUUGUAGUGGGUAUCUUGCUCAGGAAUACAAGACACCAAAGGUUUAACCCCAACACUUGCCAACGGAGAGUCCAGAUCACUGACCACUCCUCUUUACUGAAAUCCUGUUUCAAAGGAUUGGAAAACGCCAUAUCAUGUACAGAUACAUUUAACAUUUUGAAUUUUGUGGAGUUUUAGUCAUUUCUAACCAGAAAUGAGGUUUCAUUCAACCUCAAGACAGUGAGAUUUACUAUAUUGAUUGCCUGCACUUAUGUUAUUUCAUAGUAUAUAUAUAAUACUGGCAUAUUACAUUUGGAGGUUUACACUCCUACUGUAAAUGGGUAUCCUACUGCAUAAGAUUAACCCAGCAUGCUGAAAAACAAAUCUAAAGGGCACUAUUUAAAUUGUGCAAAAACCAGAUGCAAUACAUCUUGAAUUUGAAUUCAUGUUGAAACUCUUUUUUCCUUAAUCAAACUUGAAUAAUAGCAAGUUAACAUAUCAAGGUAAACACUGAAAUCUAUGAGGAAAUGCACACACAGGGAAAGAGCAGGAGAAAACUCUCCCUUCUGCUCUCGCCAACGACAUCAAUGCUAUGAAACUUUUGUGGCAAAUUCCAUGGGUGUUGUCUUGGCUGUUCUCCAGGCUUCCUCUGCGUGCCAGGGAGAGCUUAGAGCUGCUUAUGAAACAGACUUAGACGUUUAGGUUGACACAUCAUAUACAUCUUCUUGACACGGAUUAAUUAAACAGGAAUGUGGGAAUCGAUUAAGAACAAUGACAGAAUGUACAGUGUAGUUAAAAGCAGAGCUCUCAAAUCAAAGGAUGUUAUGUAAAAAUUGUAUAAUGCACUAAAAUGCCUGCAUUUAGAUUGUUGUGUACAGUUGUUUGUCACUAUGUUAUAGAAAACAAACUCCAGCUCUGGAACCAGUCCAGAGAAGAGCAACCAGAUACAUUCAGGGGCUUAAGGGGAAUCCUGCACUGCCUGGCCAAACUGAGUCUCUCCAGUCUUGAACAGAAGAUUAGAAGCUGACCUCAGACAAGUAUUCAAACUCCUCAAGGGCUGUGGCAGUAAUCCCAGCAGACGUCUUUCAGAAAGAAUGAUGAAAGACAAACCAGGGAGCACAGCAGUGAAAGUACACAGAAAUGCAUUUAAGUUCUGAGAACGGGGUGGUACUUCUUUACCCAAAGAUAUUUGGGAGCAUAGAAAACGCUACCUAGCCAUGUUGUUGAAACCCAUACCCUGCUUUAUUCCAAGAAACGGAUCCUUGGAUCAGCUACUAACCAAAAAAAGGCUAGGUAGGCAGAACUGUCUCUUCUCAUUUGUCAAUAUUCUUAUGUUCCCAAGUAAACUCAAUCCAAGUGCUCUCAUCCUUAAAUAUUCGGACCCAUCCGGUGUUCAAAAUCCCACGUUCUGAUGUUCGGGCUUGAUCGCCAAGGCAUCAGCUCUCCCGGUGCAACACCGCCACAGCUCAGAGCUGUAAUCCUCUACGGCUCCCUCACCACAUUUACGUAGCUCAGCGCGCUUUCCUGCCCGCCAGGCAGCUCUCGCCAGGGAACCCCCGGCGUGCCUCGCCGUGUGAGGAGGCGGGGAAGGGGGAGGGGCGAGGCCGGGGCAGAGCUCCACAGCCGCCGCCGCGCCUGUCAAAGUUCACAGACUGGUCACCGUGUUACACGCCGCUCCGCCUCCUGAACCGAGGCAGGUUCACUGUCAAAGCGGAGGCAGGCGGGCAGCAGGGAAGCACCCACCGGGCCAGCAGCGAAGGACGAAAAGUUCAGACAGAAGGCGCAAACCUCACGUUUAAAUCACAAAUAAACUGCGUCCGGUUUUACAUGGUUCUUUUUUAUUUAAAGUUGAGAGGUGCAACAGUCAAGUCAACUGAUUCAUGUUACAACUUUUUUCUCCCCCGUUUCAGAGGAACAUGCACAAAACAUAAGCAUACAACUUGUACGUAUAUGCGAAGUUCAUAUCCGAUGUGUUAUGUCACCAAGAGUAAUUGUUGAACAUCCGGUGUGCUUCACUGUCAAAAAAAUAAAAUAAAGCGAAAAUUUGCAAAGAAAAUCACAACGGUGGUUUACUUCAAAUAAUUUCCGAGAGUACAACGGCUUGCUGUUUGAACUGAUGCAGUCUAGAAACUCCAAAUACAAGUCACUGUCA